UGUUAAUAUCUAACAAAAAGUUUAACCGUGUAAACAAGCCUCCAACAAUUAUUUACUUUUCCUACUAGAAUCAAAUUGGCAACGCCAUAUUGACAACUUGAUGUCAAAAUUGUUUGUUUAAAAAUCGUGGACCACAAAAUAUAAUUAUUACAGAAAUAAAACAAAAAUAAUAAUAAUAGAAAAAUGGCUAAUAUGCUAAAUGAAAAUUUUGAAUUAUUAAAACAAUUAUUUACCGAUUGUUUGAAUGCCAAGAACAACAUAAAGGAUACGAAAGUUGAUCUGGAUGAAAAGUUGAAAAUCGGAUCCUUGGAAUUUGUAGUAAUAAAGAAAAUAAAUCGUUUGGUUAAAUAUAAAGUACGCUCUGGCCGUGAGGAGUUACAAGCACAGAAAACUUUAGUCGACUGCAAUCGUUUGCAUUUACAAAAUCUUUUAUACGAAGUCAACUAUUUAAAACGGGAAAUAAAGCAUUGCUACAGGUUUAAAAGUCAAGAUGAAGACAUUGACAUCUAUGAGCAGAGAAUUGACUCUGUUCCUGAAUCAAAAUUGAGUCAUAAAGAUCGAAUUGAGCGUUUGGAAAGAGAAUUAAAUUUGCGUAAAAAGUUGUCGGAUGAUUGCAACAAACUGUUGAAUGAUAAAAAUAUGGUCUUCAAUCAAAUUAUUGUAAAAAUGGAAAAUUUGUCAACAUUUGCUCCUUCUCUGCGCACGCUUUUGAAAGCUACUCGUCCACUGCAGGAAGCAUUACAAAUGCCCAUAGAACAAAAAUGGAAAUUGGAGCAGAAGGUACACAUGUUGCCGGAACCAUUGUAUUUGGCUUACGUAAAUUUACGGGCAAUAGAGCAACUAGAAGGAGGAUUUGAUCUAGUUGUUCUGGGACAAGAAGAUGAAUUGAAAACGUAUGAAAUGAAGAAAAAUGAAACAAGUUCCCUUCAAGAUCAAUCGUCCUUUCUUCAACCUCAUCCGCUUUCUCUUCAAAUUAAGUUCACAGAUGCAAGUUUUCCAAAUGAUUAUAUUGCAGUUAAAGUAUAUUAUUUGCCAUUACUUGAAAUUGUUACUGGUCAUUGCGAGAUCUAUUUGAAUGAAAAUCAAAUAAAUCAUUCGGAAAGUAAUGUUUUACAAGAUUUUCUGAAGUUUAUAGGAGAAGACGAUAUGGGCGAUUCGCUACCAUAUUCUACUGCAACUUUAAAUCUUCAAAAUCACAACAUAACUUUGGAUGAAUUUUAUAAAAAAAUAGCUAAAAAUAAUUUGGGGAAGCCAUACCGUUGGCUUCAACAUUUAUGUGGAAAUACAUCGUUUAACAGUGUUAAAAACAAUCACAAUAAGAUUUUAAAAUUAAAAGAUUUCACAUCCGAUUGUGUGAAAAAAAUAAAAAGUUAUUGGAAUUCUCGUUUAAUAUUGAUAACACAAAUACGGUCUUUUAUGAAUAAAAACCUCGAUGAAUAUAUUGACACUAAAGUGGGAUGUACAAAACCGAAUUGUGCAUUGGUACAGUGGUCGGCAAUUUCAUGGGAGGAAUAUGAAGGAUCUGAAACGACACAACAACUAAUAAACCAGAAACUGGCUGACGAAACCUGUAGUUUUUUUAGAGCUGUUAUAGUACUGAGUUCGGCAAAAAUGGAAUGUCUUAUUAGUAUUUCCAAUAAAUACCCCGUCAACAUACCUUUGUGGACAAUUACAGUGCAUUGGAAUGGUCAUCACAAUGCAUUGAAUAAUUCCUCGAUUAAGAUAAUGGAACUAUAUACAAACUCUUUAAAUGAUUCCAAGCCACCAUCUUUAAAUCUAUUGGCAAAACAAUUAUUACGUACUAUGUAUAGCUUUGAUAUAUUCCUCGAAACAGAGGGACCUCUUUAUCAGCCACUAGAGUACAACAAAGAAAAGAGUUUUAUAAAAUCGUUUUCCAAACGUAUUCGCGUGAGACCAUAUAAAAAAAUCACCAAGGGUUCUAUUAACUAUUUUAAGCAGUAAUAGUUACGGAGAAUAACUUUUAUUCUAAUUAUCCUCCUCUUCUUUGGUAAUUAUAAUAAUUUUCUAUUCAUCGAAAAAUAAAAUACGUAAAAAAGCA